CGUACUUCCGGCUGCCGGCUUGACAUGAAGAAGCAACGGCGGCUAGGGCGGCGGUAGCGGCGGGAGGUGAGGCUUGCGGCGGGACCUCUGGGCUGCGAGCGCGAGAGACUCUAGAGUAGCACACCGCGCAGAGACCGAAGAGGAGGCGGAGCAGCCGCCCUGGCCCGUCAUGGAGAUGGAAAAGGAGUUCGAGCAGAUCGACAAGGCCGGGAGCUGGGCGGCCAUUUACCAGGAUAUCCGACAUGAAGCCAGUGACUUCCCAUGUAGAGUGGCCAAACUUCCUGUGAACAAAAACCGUAACAGGUACAGAGAUGUCAGUCCCUUUGACCAUAGUCGGAUUAAACUUCAUCAAGAGGAUAACGACUAUAUCAAUGCUAGUUUGAUAAAAAUGGAAGAAGCCCAAAGGAGUUACAUUCUUACCCAGGGCCCUUUGCCAAAUACGUGCGGUCACUUUUGGGAGAUGGUAUGGGAGCAGAAAAGCAGGGGUGUUGUCAUGCUCAACAGAGUGAUGGAGAAAGGAUCGCUAAAAUGUGCACAAUACUGGCCACAAAAAGGAGAAAAAGAAAUGAUCUUUGAAGACACAAAUUUGAAAUUAACAUUGAUUUCUGAAGACAUAAAGUCAUAUUAUACAGUACGGCAACUAGAAUUGGAAAACCUUACAACUCAAGAAACUCGAGAGAUCCUACAUUUUCACUAUACAACCUGGCCUGACUUUGGAGUCCCUGAAUCACCAGCCUCAUUCCUGAACUUCCUUUUCAAAGUCCGUGAGUCAGGGUCACUCAGCCUGGAACAUGGCCCCAUUGUAGUACACUGCAGUGCUGGCAUUGGCAGGUCGGGGACCUUCUGUUUGGCUGACACCUGUCUCUUGCUGAUGGAUAAAAGGAAAGACCCUUCUUCUGUUGAUAUCAAGAAGGUUCUUUUAGAAAUGAGGAAAUUUCGGAUGGGACUGAUCCAGACAGCAGACCAGCUCCGUUUCUCCUACCUAGCUGUGAUUGAAGGUGCCAAAUUCAUCAUGGGAGAUUCUUCAGUGCAGGAGCAAUGGAAGGAGCUGUCCCGUGAGGACCUAGAGCCCCUACCUGAGCAUGUCCCCCCACCUCCACGGCCACCAAAACGAAUCAUGGAACCACACAAUGGGAAAUGCAAGGAGUUCUUCCCAAAUCACCAGUGGCUGAAGGACGAGCCCAAGGAGGAUAAUAUAGACGGCCCCAGCAAGGAAGGAAUCAGAGCCCCCUUAACUGCCCCCCGCAGCUUGGAAAGCACGAGUCCAGACACUGAAGUCAGAAAGCGGGUCGUGGGAGGAAGCCCUGCCCAAGGGGAGUCACCACUGAGCCAGGAGGAGCAGGACCAGGCACCAGUUGCCUGGAGGCCCUUCCUGGUCAACAUCUGCAUGGCUACAGUCCUCACGGCCAGUGCAUACAUCUGCUACAGGGCAUGUUUCCACUGACGGCUGUGCUGGCAGGACCAAGUGUACAGAGAGCACUGGCCGACAGCCCGGCGAGCAUCAGUGCCGUGGAGGGAUCUGAGCCAGUCUCAGAGGAAAGAGAUCAAAGGUUUAAAGUCUGGAACUGUGAAGGGCUACAAGAGAGAAGUGAGGAUUGAUGCACUGGGGUUUUAAGGAGCCCUGUGGUCCCAAGAAUACAAGAGACUAAUCUCAGGGCCUUAACCUAUUCAGGAGUAAGUAGAGAAAAUGCCAAAUACGUGUCUCUAUCUAUCUAUCUAUCUAUCUAUCUCUUUUUUGUUUGUUUGUUUUAUUUGUUUUUGAAAAAAUAGAAUUACAACACAUUGUUGUUUUUAACCUUUAUAAAAAGCAGUUAUUUGUUAUUUCUGGGGGCACGGGAAAGACUAGGCACUUAGUAAACCCUCUUGUUUCAUAGAUGGCAUAAUCAGAUACACAGUUUGCUUGGUUUCCCAGGGAAAGACUCCCAGGUUUUGACGAAUGUAAACUGCUUUCGAAAAGAGGCUGUAAGGGUUUAGGCUGCUUUCUUGCUCAGUCACUUCCUCUGCUGUGUGCACACUGAGCUUGGGCAGUGCCUGUGAGCUUUCCCAAUUCAAGAAGAAAAACAACAAAAGGCCAUUUCUAGAAAAGCAAACCCAGCUUCUGCUUUUGCUCAGGGUGUCCCACAGUUUUCCAUUGUUUAUUUCUCCAUCAACCCCUCCUUGCAGUAGCCACCUUGCUCAUUCCCUCCUUUAUCACAUCUUCCUAUCAUAGGGCUCCCUGGGGUCAGAGGUCACGAUAGGGUGGUCACUGGCUUCCCAAAAGAGCAUUUCCGUUUUGUGUGGGUUAGAAAUGCCAUCACAGUGGAAACCCACCUACCCACCCACUAGAAGUAUGUUGCUGUUAAUGUAAGGAGGGGAGAAUUCAAAUCAAAAAGCUGGCCAUGGAAAUCACCUAACAAGGCUUUUUUGUUUUGUUUUGUUUUUGUAAACCGUUUAAAAUAUUUUACCUCUUACUAAGUGACUGCCUUUGAGUGAAUCAGGUGGUUUAAUGUCGUAAAAAGAUUUCUUUUUUCCUUCAAGGUGAUUUUGGGGGGAGAUGGAGGCUCUUGUUAAAAAGUCAAAAGCCCCUUCACUGAGGUUGGUAUGGCAAGGGAGUGUGUGAAAAGGGUGAGAGUCUUGGGUGCAGAGCCUCGUCUGGAAAAGCUUGGUGUCCAUCUUUGCUCCCACUCAUCAGCAACACAGCAUCUGACCCACCUGCUUUCCAGCUCCACCCCUCUGUCGCCAUCUGUUCACAGAGCCUGCUCUGGCCAGCAGAUAUGCUGUGGCGUGUGCUCUGUGCUAAAACCGUCUUCCCUGGGCUGUUUCUCUCUCCCCUUAUCCUUUUAUUCCACCCACCCCUUCCUUCCAGCACCAAAUCCACGAUCUUUUUUGUUUGUUUGUUUGUUUGUUUGUUUGUUUUCAGAGAAGAGCAAAGGAGAAUCCCCUGAGCUAGUGGUGCAGAGGAAAGUGGCCUGCACAGGUGGCAAGAUUUGCCCACCUGAGUGCUCCCUCCUGAUGUCUCUCAGUGCUGCCCAGGUUGGUGGCACCAACUGUCCUGGUAGACCUCCUCAGGGAGGAGGCAGGAGGGGAGCCUUUACACUCCAUAUUUAUUUCUUAAUUUUCCCCUCAAAGACGUCCAUAGUGCACUAGCAUUUUCUUAAACCAGUAAUGUAUUAAAAACUUUUCAUGUCAGCCUUGCAUCAAGGGCUUUAUCAAAAAGUACAAUAACAGACCCUCAGGUAGUGCUGGAAAUGGGCGACUUUGCCAUGAGCCUGCUGCAUCAGACCAGCACUAGGAAGAAGGGCGGUUGUAAGCAGUCAUUAUUCCAUGGCAUUGUGGGUAAUGUGAAAAGAGGUUUGGCAUAUGUUUAUAGAACCAUGGAUAAUAUAUAAUGAACACUUGGAUAUUUAAGAUACAAGAUGUGAGAUUACUUUGUCCUGGUUAGUCUUCUCCCCCAGAAUCUGCUAGAACCUGUUCUCAGCCACCACUUUCCUAGUGUGUGUUAGAAUGCAUGUACUGUCUUCUUGUGUCCUGGUCAAAUACCACGUGCUUGAAAUACUUAGAACUCUGCUUACUAAUGUGCCCCGUGUACAAGUCCAGUCUGCCUUUGCAUGAUCUGAUCAUUCUGUGACUGUGGUUCCUGAGGCUGUGAUGAAAUAAUCUCCAUUCAGCAAUGGAGUGGUGUUUUCCAGUAACCAAUAUUUGCCUAAUUCAUGGCAUGACACUUCGGUGACUUCCUGGUGAGGCCCAGCCUGUCCUCAUCCAGCUAGGUCCCCUGGGUAACUCAGACAUUCCAAGGGUAUGGAAGCCAUAAUCACACCUCACACUCUGGAUUUUUAGGCAAGCAGGGUCCCCACCAUACCCCCAUACCUUUGGGAUCAGCCUCCACUGUCCCACGCUCACACUCUUCUUGAGCAGACCGUGAUUUAGACCGUGAGGCUACUUCUUGAAACAGCCUAGAAAACAGCCCCUCCUUACUCACCGGCUGCCACCUAGGUUGGGGUGGGGGAGAGGGGGGUUGCCAAGAGAGGCUUGUCUACCCCUGCCAUUGAACCUUGGGGACUGAUGGUGCUCAGACUCUUCCUGUGAGAGAACUUAAGACCUCCACGUUACGUGGCUCUUUUUUUAACGAGGAAAAAAAAAAAGCAGCUGUAGCCCACAAGCUGCUCCUUGGCCAGCAUUUUCACAUUUUGCCUUUCACGUGUUAGACGUGUUAGAAGCCCGUGCAGAGAAAUUCUGUUGUGGGGGCAUUUGAGGUGUCGCCCCGCAGAGCCUCGGUGAGGUGUGGAUAAGGCUGAGGUGCCAGGCUGGAAGCAUUCUUGAGUUGGACUUGUUUGUUUGUUUUUAAAGUCCUGUAUAUGUCUGUAGUAGUUCAGGUAUGUGUAUAUAUAGUAGCAUUUCAAAAUGGAUAUACUGGUUUAACCUCCUAUCCUUGGAAAACAGAUGGCUCUCCAUCUCGUUACGCGUAUGUUAGAGAAGUAGCGAGCUGCUCUGCUAUAUGCCUUAAGCCAAUAUUUACUCAUAGGGUCAUUAUUUUUUACAAUGGCCAUGGAAUAAAAAACAUUUUUACAAAAAUAAAAGCAAAACAAAAAAAUUAGCAAGGUGUAAUACCUUUUCAGGUGUGUGUAUGUGGAUGCAUGAUGGGCGGGGCUGGGCUGGGCUGGGCUGGGGUGGGGGGCAUGUCUCAGGGUCUUCUGUGACCUCACAGAACUGUCAAACUGUACAGAUUUCCAACUUGCCAUUUAAAUGAUGGGUUUGCAUUUUAGUUGCAACAAUAAAUUUUUUUUUUCUAAAGAACAUGGAUUUGGGGUACUUCCCAUUUCUUUGCUUAAUGGGCCCAGACCAGGAUGGGCAACUCUUGUUUCUUUCCACUCCUGCUUAUACGAAACAGAUGUUGUUGGUUAAAAUGAGUUAGUUUGCCAUCUCAGAAAGAUGAUGGCCCUGGAGCUGUGAGUGUUUGGGGGCUGAGAGAACACAUCCUUCCUAGUGAGAUUGUUCAUACUUCUGGCCUCAGCCCCUUGCCUUCAACAACAACCAGACUCUUUUUGAAUAUGUAGGAUCUUUCAAUAACAGACAUGUAGGCUGUCUAACUGUUCUAACUUCAAGAAUAUGUCCUUA